GCCAUCGCGGGAGUUUAGUUGGCGGCGCGAGCAGGAGUGGACACAAAGACGUUUGUUACGAGGAGAAAAUGAGGCGUUCACUAAAUUUCCAACAACUAUUUCAGUUGUUUUAUGGAGAGGCAGACGCAGAUGGUGAGCCUCUCUCAUCUUCAUCGUCCGAGGAAGAGAGUGGCGCUGAGGAUGAUGAGGUGACUGACCCGUCUUUUCUCACCAGCGACGAGAGGUAUGAGGAAAAUGGACCAUCUCCACACAGGACUACCCAGAGAGGGCGUGGGAGGAGGAGUCAGACGAGGUCCAGAUCUCCACAAGCUCAGUCACACCAUUGCUUGGAACCCUGGAGAACCAGAAACAACUCUGACACUACCCCACAAAUCAGCCGGUUCAUGCCACGGAGAACACCAGGAGCCCAGGUGGACACCCAUGCAGCCAGUUCACCCCUGGACCUGUUCCAGCUGUACUUCUCCCCAACCACAGUGCUAACCCUCUGCACAAACACCAACAAGUAUGCAGCAAAAAACAAAGAAAGGGGGAAGAAGUACAAAUGGGCAGAUGUUGAAGUGGAGGAGCUCUACAAGUUCCUUGGGCUCCUUACAUACACAUUGCUGGUGUCACUGCCGAGUAUCACCGACUACUGGAAGCAGAACACAAUCACAUCUGUGCCGUUUCCAGCUACUGUGAUGGCGAGGGACAGAUUCAGGGCUCUGCUUUGGAACAUCCACCCCAGUGAUCCAGAGGAAGCCAAAAAGAAUGAUGAGAAGAAAGGAACACAGGCAUAUGACCAGAUGUUCAAGAUCAAGCCCCUCAUCAACGACAUCCUCGGUGCCUGCAAGGCUCAUAAUCACCCUAGGAAGGAAAUGGAUGUUGAUGAUAGAAUGAUGUCCACCAAGGAAAAAACCGGCACGACCCAGUUCAUGAAGGACAAACCCAGUCAUCCCCACAACAAGAAAAUGGGUGGGGUUGACGUGUCCUACCAGCUGCUCCAGUACUAUUCUACCAACCGCAGAACCACACGCUGGUACCGCACCCUCUUUUUGCACCUUGUGGACAUUGCCACCACAAAUGCCUACAUUCUGCACUGUGACAUCAGCGCCUCAAAUCAGGUGGAACCCAUGUCCCACAAGGACUUCUUAAUUGAACUGGUGUCCCAGCUGUGUGGGCUGGACAGCACAGGCAUGCCCACCAGGAGGAGUGCUGACCACAUUUCUGUUGCCAUUGCCAUGGUAACAGAUGCCAGCAUGAAAGCCACACAAGGCCGCAGGAUUUGCCAACACUGCCACCAGGUGGACAAAAAGAGACAUCUCACUCCCUGGAAGUGCCAGUCCUGUGAUGUGGCUCUGUGUCUCAUUGUGGACAGAAACUGCUUUGCGGAGUGGCAUAGAUAAAUCUGUGCUCCACUGUGUAAAGUUAUGAUUGUAAAUAGUUUAUCACAUUUAAAUUUUACCUGUUUUUGCAAAUAGUCUGACAAGGAUAAAAAUUCCAAUAAAUAUACAUAUAUUUUAUGGGAAAUAUGUGUACAUAGUUUUACUAUAUUUCAGUUUUACCAUUAUAUGUUCAUAUUUGCAACCUAUGUUUACCUUUUUAAGCUCCAAAACAGUUCUUUGAGCAUGUUUGUGGCAUUUAUUGUAAUAGUAAUUCUUUCAGUUCAAAUUUGAUGAUUUUUGUGUAUUUUUGGGCCCAAUGUUUUAGUAAAGUAGGUGAAGGUGAAAAAAUAAUAAUCAGAUCACAUGCAGUUGAGGACAAAAUUAUUAGCCUCCCUGUGAAAUUUUGUUUUUUUUCAAGAUUCUCCCAAGUGUUUAUAACACAGCAAGGAAUUUCAUAGCAUUUUUUUAAAAAACAUAUUAGUUAUCUUUUCAUUUCUGUGUGCAAAGUGAAAUACUUUCAGCAUCCAAAAUAAAAUAGUAAUAA